UUCCUUUGCUUUCGAUCUGAGAUUUUGCGAAGACAAAACAAAUCCUAAUUCUUCAAUUUCUGCAUGUUUUUCACAUUUCUCUGAGGAAAUGCAGAUAUCAAAUUCACUCUAGGAGGCAGAGGUUAUUGAUAAACCUGAAAGUACUUGAAUUUGUGUGAAGGAAAGAUGGAAAAUCAAGAUGGAGUGGCAGCUGAUGGGGAAAAGGAGUCUGCUGUAUCCAUUCCCAUUUCUGAAGUUGAUGACUGGGGGAAUUUCACAGAUGAUGAUAUCAUGCAGCAACAAUCUGCCAUUCAUGCUGAGGAAGCCAAGAAAGUUCCAUUUGUUGGUGACAAGGAAUCACUUUCUAUGUUGGCAGCUGAAUAUGAAUCAGGAAGCCCUAUCUUGCUAGAAAAAAUAAAGGUACUUGAGCAACAAUAUGCUGCCAUUAGAAGAACACGAGGAGAUGGAAACUGCUUUUUCCGGAGUUUUAUGUUUUCAUACCUUGAGCAUAUUUUGGAAUCACAAGACCGUGUUGAGGUUGAUCGUAUUAAAGGAAAUGUUCAAGAAUGUAGAAAAACACUUCAAGGUUUAGGUUAUACAGAUUUUACAUUUGAGGAUUUUUUUGCGUUAUUCCUUGAGCAACUGGACUGUGUUCUUCAAGGCAAUGAAGAUUCUAUAAGUCAGGACGAUUUAAUACUAAGGAGUCGAGAUCAGUCAAUCUCCGACUAUGCUGUAAUGUUUUUCAGAUUUGUUACCUCUGGUGAAAUACGAAAGCGUGCAGAGUUCUUCCAACCCUUUAUUUUGGGAUUAACAAAUGCAACAGUAGAACAGUUUUGCAAAUCAUCCGUAGAGCCAAUGGGUGAAGAGAGUGAUCAUGUACACAUUACUGCCCUUUCAGAUGCUUUGGGUGUGCCAAUUCGUGUUGUGUACCUCGAUCGGAGCUCAUGUGAUGUCAGUGGUGUAAAUUUAAACCAUCAUGAUUUCCUUCCUCCUUCGGGUGACAAUUCAAAUGCUGCAAGCGGUCGCACUGUUCCUGUCAAGCCUUUUAUUACCUUGCUAUAUCGUCCCGGCCACUAUGACAUUCUCUAUCCAAAAUGAUGCGAUUGCGUUUUCUGGUUGUUGAUAAUGUCCUAAUCAGCGCCUCAGCGGUCUUUGGGGGGAAAUUUACCUUGCAGGCUGACAUGCGACUGUUAAAACCAUACACUCAAUAUUAGGCUGUUACUCAUGCUGCUAAACUGUUUGUGCUUCUUAACUUUGUGAUAUGAACAAAAAGGUUUUCUCAA